AGGUUAGAAAUAGGAAUAGGUCUGAAGUUCAUUCGCUGUGGAUCACUCGGAUCCAGGGAAUAUCGGAAUCGAGGCAAAAUAAUUUUGUUGGAUAACAAUGGCGGACGAAGAGCUACCAGCGGGUUGGGAAAAACGGUUGAGCAGAACGACUGGCCAACAUUAUUACUUGAAUAUUUAUACAAAGGAGAGUCAGUGGGAUGUACCUGACAAACCAGCAGAGGGACCUAAGGAGGUGCAGUGCUCGCAUCUGCUCGUGAAACAUGCAGGCUCUCGGCGACCCUCGUCGUGGCGGGAAGAAAACAUUACAAGAACUAAGGAAGAAGCGCUAGAACUUGUCAAGUCAUAUAGAGAGCAAAUUGUUUCCGGCAAAGCAACGUUUGCCGAACUCGCAUCAAAAUACAGCGAUUGCAGUUCUGCAAAACGUGGUGGCGACCUUGGACCGUUCGGUAGAGGCGCGAUGCAGAAACCAUUCGAGCAAGCUGCGUUUGCUCUUAGAGUGGGAAAGCUCUCAACUCCUGUUCACACGGACAGUGGCGUGCACAUAAUUCAUCGCACGGCUUAAUCGAGCGUCUAGACCGUAUCUGCUGCUAAGAAAUUGACGAAUUAUUGUAUCACCUGUAGAUUCAUUGAAUUAUUCAUUUUUAAUAUUAAUCAACUAGUCUAAUUGUAGUAACCAAGGUACUGAAUCACGGAAAAAUAUUCUUACAAUAAUUUAAUCCUGAAAAUUUCCCCCUGAAAUAAUUUCAGGAUGAUAUUACCUCCUUCUACCGAGUCACCAUCGAGUGUAACAAUAUUUACUUCCGCCUAGUGUGUACAAGAACGAUUAUUGAAAAGUUAAAAUUAGUAAUAAAUUAUUCCGAAUGAUUUAAAGCAAUUGCACCACAUUCCAAUCUUUCAGAUUCAAAUAAAAUUCAUAAAAAGUAAAUUAAUCUGAAGAUUUUACACUUACAAUUUACCAAUUGGCAGUUUUCUACUUCUUUUCUGUUGGUUUGAACUUACUUUCUAUCGGCUGUAAAGUAACGUUAAUUUUUCACUUGCAAUGAUUCCAGUUACAGUACACGCAAUUUGUUACAAAACUGAUUAUAUUGCUUCUUCGCUGUAAGCAAAGCAUUUAAAAGAAAAGUCUAAAAAAACUGAUUCUUAUUAUCAGUUAUCGGAGGACCUAAAAUACGUGUAAAUAAAAUGUUUAGCUCAAUGAAUUUGAAGUAUCAACGGGCCUUCAAAACAGCAAAUCAUCUCUUUAGUAAUAAUAAUUUAUGCUGACUAACAUAUGGGAGGAAUUUGUAAUUUGUGAAUUUAUUUUGUAAUAGGCUAGCGUUCGGUUCGUAAUCAUGUCCAUUUGUAUAGUUGUUAUCCUUAAUAUCAUUAAAUUUUCCUUAAAUCCGCGCACCUGGGAUGUAUUAUGUUUAUGUUUAUAUAAGUUAUGACUAAACUAGGUAAAAUAAAUCGUAUUUAAUCUGUUA